AUGGAGAUUGAAAGACUUACGGAUGGUGAAGAAGAAGAAGGAAUUAGCUUCCUCAAAGAGAGACCUCUCGACGACGCAGCGAAAAAGAAGCAGAUCUGGCUUUGGCUAAGGAAGAGAAGACGACGCUCAAUAUCACAAGAAUCCAAUGCGGAAGUGUGUGGCACAAUGACAGAAGAUAAGAAUCAGCAAAGAUUCCUAAAUACAAAAGGUGAAAAGAGAGAAAGACUGCUCGGCCGGAGCACUGAUCAAUACUUGACUAUGCACUGCGGGAAAGAAAAGAUCGAAGCUUUCUAUUUUCAUUCACCGGCUAGCUAA